AUGCUGCUGCUGCUGCAGCUGCUGCAGCUGCGAGUAGGCGGACCCCCCGACCCCGCCGCCGCUGUGGGCCUCCCUUCCUUCCUUCCCUCCCUCGGGCCCCUUUGUGCCUCGACGCCCCGGGGCCGAUGGAGAAGGGGCGCGACGCCCGAGCCCCGGCCCGGCCCGGCCGCAAGGUCCCCGCCCCGGAGCCCCGGCCGUGAGCCGGGAGCCACCGGACAUCCCAUCCCCGGACGGCCCGUGCGGAGAGCCGCCGGCAUGGAGGACUUCGGGGAGGAGGAGGAGCCCUGGUACGGCCAGCAGGACCUGGAGCAAGACCUACACCUGGCAGCCGAGCUGGGGAAGACCCUCCUGGAACGAAACAAGGAGCUGGAGGACUCGCUGCAGCAGAUGUAUACCACCAAUGAAGAGCAGGUGCAGGAGAUUGAGUAUCUGACCAAGCAGCUGGACACGCUGAGACACGUGAAUGAGCAGCACGCCAAGGUGUACGAGCAGCUGGACCUGACCGCCCGUGACCUGGAGGUGGCCAAUCAGAGGCUGGUGCUGGAGAGCAAGACCGCCCAGCAGAAGAUCCACGGGCUGACAGACACCGUGGAGGGACUGCAGACCCAGGUGGAGGGGCUGCAGGCCCAGGUGGAAGAGCUGAGGAGCCUGGAGCAGCUGCGGGUGCGGCGGGAGAAGCGGGAACGCCGGAGGACCAUCCACACCUUUCCCUGCCUCAAGGAGCUGUGCUCCAGCCCCCGGUACGAAGACGCCUUCCGGCUGCACGGCUCGUCGGUGGAGCUGAGCGCCCGGCCCCUGGAGCGGGAGAACGAGCGUCUGCGGGCCCUGGUCAGCUCCCUGCGGGGCCAGGUGGGGCAGGAGAAGCAGCGCACGGAGCAGGUGGAGCGGGAGUACGCGGCCGUGCUGCAGGAGUGCGCGGCGCUGGAGCAGCGGGCCGGCCAGGCCGAGGGCUGCCGCCUGCGCGUGCAGGAGCUGGAGCUGGAGCUGCUGGAGCUGCAGCAGAUGAAGCAGGCGCGCAGGUACCUGCUGAGCCGCGACGACAGCCUGGCCGAGGCCCUGCUGGAGCCGCUUGCCAGCGCGCCCGAGGCCGACGACCCCGACCCCGGCCGGGAGGGGGGCGGGGGCGCCGGGGAGGUGGGCGCCGGCCUCUCCCCGGCCGCCACCCCGGGCCCCGCCGCCGCCGUGCGCAAGAGCUGCAGCGAUACGGCCCUGAGCGCCCUGGUGGCCCGGGACCCGGCCGGCCGGCUGGCGGGCAGCCUGACCCUGCACGCCCAGGGGGUGCGCAGGCGCGGCAUGUCCAUCCUGCGCGAGGUGGACGAGCAGUACCACGCCCUGCUGGACAAGUACGAGGAGCUGCUGGCCAAGUGCCGGCAGCACAAGGACGGCGUGCGGCACGCCGGCGUCCAGACCUCCCGCCCCGUGUCCCGCGACGGCUCCUGCCGCGAUUUCCGCGGGGCCGAGGAGGCGGCGGCGGCGGCCGAGCGGGCCCUGAGCCAGCACGUGGAAGCCGUGGACCGGCGCCUGGAGCAGAGUCAGCCCGAGUACAAGGCCCUCUUCCAGGAGAUCUUCUCCCGCAUCCAGAAGACCAAGGCCGACAUCAACGCCGCCAAGGCCCAGGUCCAGAGCGCCCAGUGAGCCCGCGUUGGCGUCGACUCCGCUGGGGGAAGGUGUGGCCGGCCUGGACACUCCAGGUGGAGGAGAAACGGCAGGCCCCCUUCUGGGAGCGGCUCCCCUCCUCCGAGUGAUCUGCGGCCGGGGGCACCCCCUAGCUCCUUUCAGCCCUUCUCCCUGCCUUUGGGCUCGUCCGGCCCGGAGCCUUCCUCGCCCUGCGUGGUCAGACUUGGACCUGCGAGACCACCCUCCACCGGAAACAUCUUGGGGGGAGGUGGUGGGGAUGCCGGCCUGGCACACCACCUCCCCCUCGCCUUCUGGCCUCUGUCUGUGCCCUGAUCCCUCUCAGCCGUAGUCCCUGCUUUUCAGGCCACCGUAGAGCCUCGAGCAGGCUGGCCCAGACCCCUCUCCGCUCCCUGCAUUCGCCCACUCUAGGGGGCCGGGGGUGCAUCCCCACCCCCGUCCCUGCUGAUCUCAGGGACCACAGUGUCUCCCCCCGGCCCACGGUGGAGGGAAGGGCUGGGAGGUGGUGCGAGCCAUCCCGGGCUGGCCCAGGUCGCUGCCGUGAACCACCCCGCUGCCCCUCCCCUACCCCAUGCGGCAUGUAUUGUCUUCAUCUCCGGCCACGUAGGUCCUCCAGGGCCAGCAUUGCGAGCCUUGGCCCUAAUCCCCGAGGAGAAUCUUCCGGGAAGAUUCCCCCCUGCCCCUCCUUGGGACUUGGUUUUGCUUGCCACGGGACCGACCCAGCCACCCUAUCCUUCCUUGGCACAGGGGCUCCCGGCCAUAGCACCCUGAGCCGCCCAUCCCCUUGGUCGUCCCUCCCCGUCCCCCCCCGCGGCAGUUGAGGGUCUUCUUGCCUUAUUUGCUAAUAAUGGGAAAAGCAGUUUUCCCGAAGUAGCUCCUGCUCUCCCCGUUGCUGGGCACAGGCCCUGACUUCAAAGCCUCAGACGGUGGGGAGGUAGAGCCCAGGCCCCUGGCCGCUGCAGCCGUCCCGUCCGUCUCAGCCGGGGGUGGGGGGACUCAGACCCCAGCAGACCCCAUCACUGUAGCAUCCGAUUGGGGCUUCACUUGAAGUGUACAUGAGAGAAUUAUAUUUACAAGAGGCUUUAUUCUCUUCGUUAAUAAAAAGCCACACCAGA